AUGACAUUUGCAGAGAGCGGAGAACGUUUCACGGUGCUGAGACUCCCACCCAUCAGAUACGCCGGGGACAUCUGGGACGAGUUCGAGCAGAAGAACAGCAAUGUUAGAGUUGUCGAGACGGCUGCGAAGAACAGGGAGGAGUUCAUUGCGCAAUUGAAGCGGGGGGAGCUGCAGGAGGUGGACUUCAUUGCGCGGACGUUCCAGUCGGUCAAGCAGACGGGUCUUUUCGACAAGGAGCUACUUGAGCUCAUUGUUGCGCACACGCAGGUGAAGGGAAUUGCACAUUGCGGGGCCGGGUACGACCAGGUGGACGCCAACGCGUGCCGGGACCUGAAGCUGCAGCUCUCGAAUGUGCCGGGGCGGGUGAACGACUCGACGGCCGACACAAACGUGUUUUUGAUUCUUGCGACGCUGCGGAACUUCCAGCUCGGCCACGAGAACCUCAUGAAGGGCCGGUGGAAGACGGACAUCAACUCCGCAGGCACCAUCUACGGCCACUGCAUCCAGAACAAGGUGGUGGGCAUUCUCGGGAUGGGCGGCAUCGGGCAGACCGUGCGGGACCGGCUGGCGGGGUUCGGGGUGAAGAAGAUUGUCUACUACAACCGCAGCAGACUGUCGCCCGAGCUGGAGCAGGGGUGUGAGUACUGCGGGACGAUGGAGGAGCUGGCGGAGCAGAGUGACGUGAUCUCGAUCAACAUCCCCUUGAACAAGGACACGCACCACGUGAUCAACGCCUCGCUCAUUGCCAAGAUGAAGGACGGCGUGGUGCUGGUGAACACGGCCCGCGGCCCCGUUGUCGACGAGGCUGCCGUCAAGGCCGGCUUGCGCAGCGGGAAGAUUUUUGGCUACGGCACAGACGUGUUUGAGAACGAGCCCGACAUCGACAUGGACUUUGCGUCGCUGCCAAACGUCACGUCCUUGCCCCACAUGGGCACUGCCACCGUCGAGACCAUCCGCUCGAUGGAGGCCCUGGUUGUGGAGAACGUCGACGCCUUCUACCGCACGGGCAAGGUCAAGACCCUCGUGGCCGAGCUGCAGGGCGUUUUCUAG